AUGUUCCAGCCAGGUGGAGCUCUCGACCGCUUCAAAGUCAUCAGCAAAGCAACCCUCCCAGAGACAUCUUGCGAACCUCAGCAGACUAUGCAAGAUGAAGAGAAAUUGGAAUAUGAACCUGGAUUACGAAGGGGCGACAAGGGCAAGAACAUUGCCAAAGACGAAUAUAAGACUAUUCGCAUAUCCCCAUGCAUCACCGGUGAUAGCUACCUGUGUCGUCAAGUACAAGCACGCCAGGUGUAUGGAAAAGGAGAGGUGCGAUUUCAAACAGCCACGGCAGGACCGCUGAUAAGUCUCGAUGGCCGCACCUAUCAGCUCACUGUGGCGCACGUUGUCAACUUCCAGGAGAAAGCUACACAUGAUGCCACUGAAAGCACAACGGAUGACUGGGACGACUGGGAUGACGAAAGCGAUGAUGAUACCGACAGAGGUUGUUCCGUAGACGAAGAUGUUGCAUCUUGGGACAUCUCAGCGGACGACGACGGUACACCAGCGUCCGAUAUCUCCGACGAUGAAGUUCCCGGAUCUUUAUCAAGCAAUUCAACUCUAGAGGUUGCUACUCAACAAAACGAAAGCGACACAACCAUAGCAGAAGCAAAUUCCAAUGAUAAAGAACCCAUAGACGAGCCAUUUCACCCGCCUUCUUCGCCACAUCUCCGUCUCUCAGAACGUCCAGUCCUUGAAGAGUUCCUCAUUGAUCAUGCCUCCUCGUAUUUGGGCUUUGCACCCGGAUCAGAGAAUUGCCAAAUUUCCACGGAAAUGGACUAUCUUCUCAUUCCCAUACGCGCAGAUCUCCGGGCAGGGGUCUUUACGUCCAAGAGUGCAGAGUUGGUACAGAAAUCUGAAGCCUUCGACUUACAAAGCGAAACAGAGCCUCGACAGGUUAUCAUUGCGACAGCAUCACUCGGAUAUAUGGGGGGCAUGAUAUUCCCAGCAUCGUCACUCUUGCGACCUCCGGGCUCAAAAGAUUUCCAAGCAUUAUAUUGCAUCAAGUCUGACAAUGCUAUGCCGAAGGGAACUUCUGGCUCGGCUGUUUUCGAUAAGCGGACCGGAUUACUUGCUGGAUAUGUUGUGCUUGGAUGCCCCGAAAUUGAUAUCUGGUACAUGGUUCCCAUUCUGGAUGUGUUGAAUGAUCUCCAAGCCAGAUUCCGUCAGAAGUGGAAAUGCCAGAUACGGCUCGAUGUGGAUGCAGCUAUGAGGUCAAGCGAUCAAGUAUCCACCCUCGACACAAAUUGGGACAGCCUGUGCCGGAUAUUUGAGACAAGCUCGGGCAUUAUUCCCCCACUCAGGGCCCAGGAAGGUCAACUCCAGAUUGCAUCGAAAGGCAUCAAACCCGGCAAAUGGGGUAUGAUUUAUGAUUCAAUGACAAACGUCUUCAAAUACUUCUCAAGAGAAGGGUCAUCAUCUACUAACGACAGUCCUGAAGUCUUGCUCCGUCCUGACGAAUGCCGAAGUCUGUUUGGCCAAAAUCCCAAUCCACUGGAGGGCGAUAGACAGCUCUUUUCUAGGUUCAACACACUCGAGUGCGGGCUCUUAGAAGCUAUGGUCUCCACGUUAUCAUGUCCAAAAGCCGCCCUUGGGGAACAUAAGAUAACGAAAACUUCACGACGCCAUGGCACUUCUUUCGACGCAACCACGGAAUCCUGCAACGAGGAUGAAACGAUGCAGCCUAAAAUACGGGUUGAGCACUUAUUUAGUAUAAAGAAAGCGCUCGACGGACGUAAGUUCGUGGAUUGGCUCAAAGAGAAGAGGUCGCCCAAUAGUCACGAUACUACAACUUACACACCGCGGUGCAUCUACGUCUGGAACAUUGACCCUAGCAGAGUCAGAGAGAGAGAUAAAGCUACAGAUGAUCUUCCAGUGAGAAGAUUCCAGGAACUCUUCUCCAACCUCGUUGCCAAAGAACCAAGCCCUAUGAUAAGUUUGACCCAGGACACCUGGUUUGGAAGCACUUUCCAAAUAGUGUUCAGUCUGCCGUUUUUAGUUAUUGCAAGUCAUGAUGCUUUCGGCAAGACAUCCGUCACUGGAAGGGCUGCUCUUCGAUCCAGCGUCAGCCUUUCCUUUCUCUACCAGCAACAAAUGAUUUGCGAAAGCCGAAGUGAAAAAGAAGCUCCCCAGCCACAAAAAACCUACCUAUACCAUAUAACAUGGUCUACAAUCGUGACUGGCACAAAUGAACGAUACUGGACAGCGGCUUGCCUGAUUUAA